GUUGUUGCGGAUUCAAACAUAGACCCUGGUACAUAUUUUGACUAAUUAUUUGUGAAAGAAACUGGCAUAAAAACACAAUGUCUGAUAGUGUUGACCUUGAAAACAGAGAUCCUAAUAAUAUCAACGACCAUCUUUCAUGCAAGUUUGAAGAUGUUUUAGCCGAACCGGAGGGAACACACAGCAUUGACUGCGUGUGGAAGUUGUCUUACACGUGCUUCAAUCUAUGGAAGGGCAUAUGCUACAAAGUCGCAACACUUCUUUGCGGAAUCUGUAUCGCUGCGGAGCUUGGUUGUGAGUUCGCACAAGCGUCUCUUCUCCAUAUUUGGUGUUUCACACCAUGCAUCAAAUACAUGGAUCUAAACUGCGGUUUCCUGAAGAAAGUCUGGGCUCAGUGUGUCACGUGUGCAUGUGAACCGUGCUGCCAGACGUGCAGCUUAUUCUUCAGCGCUUUCAAGAAAUCUUAACUGAACAAAAACGUGGGCGAAUGGAAUUUUAUAGACAACAACUUUUAGCAUACGAAUUAACUUAUGAAACUUUUAGCAACACGAUCAUUUUGUUGAAUUUGAAUGAAAUUAAAAGUCUUGACAUUAUAGUUCAAUAAAUUUUGUUCUUUUUUUAAAAAGGAUUUGUUUAUUUAUUUUAUCAACAUG